AUGACAUCCAGUACGAAUGAUGGUAUAGUAAGGAGAAUUGGUUGUCUUGGCUCUCACCUUGAUGGCUUUCAAGUACAAAUUAUUUGGGUUACGACCUCCUCGCGUUUUCGACCGUUUCCACAAUUGCUGAAUACAGAGCCUACCGAGCUCAUGGGUUACGACAUUGCAAAGUACCCGCAGAGAAUAGCUGCAGAGCCAGUGUUACGUACCGCGUCCGUCACGACGCGUCGUGUGAAAAUUCCGGUUGUUUUAAAGGAAGACGAGCGCUCGGCGCCCGAUAAUGUGGCGCCAGGAGCUCAGAAGUCAUCUCUUUUUCGUGGAAAGUCUUUUGAUAUGAAGGAGGGAACUCUUGGUGGUGGUCUAACCUUAUUCACCACACACUCCGCUGGAAAGGAUGAUACAAACUUUCUUCAGGGAUGUCAUCACGGCUCUGAGGCUAUUCGGACAGUUUUAAAUCAGGAUCGUGCUAAUCAGCGAAUUUCACGUAUAUAUCCACACACCGAUGCUACGUUUGUAGUCCAGACAAAGAAAACUCCUGUUGAAGUCCGUUAUCAUCCUAUCACAAGCACAUUUAUGAAUGAACCACGACUCGAACAACUGUAUCAAGUUACUUUUGCGCGUGAAAAUUCUGCAAGGGCAUCACGAGUGUCGAUGAUCUUUUUUCUCAUGUACCUAGCAUUCACAGGGUCCAAUUUGUCUAAUCUAAUUUCAAAAGACGCAAACGUUCGAUCCCAGAGUUCUCAGUAUUUUCUACUGGUUUUUACACCCAUUUUACCCAUUCCAGUGCUCAUUUACAUAAGCCGAAGACGAGCAUACGAAAUCUACUUUCAACGAAUUUAUACGCUCGUAUUACUAUGUUGGAGCUUUUCUAUUAUUGCAGGUGGUAUGUUUUCAAUGCUUACGGAAUGGUACAGCUAUGUCUCUAAGAACGUUGAUGUAAUUUUGGACGAGCUCGAAAUUGGUGCUGGUGACGACGCACAUAUUUUCUACGUUAAUAGCACGAUGCGUUCGGAUUGGCAACUAAAGCCAAUCGCAGGUACUCGUGCAGAGGUGUUACAAGCAUUUACUAAGGAGAUCCUCCUUCCAGCAGCUACUAUGAACAUUAAUCUUCUUCGACUAAUCAUGAUCUCGGUAUUUGUACCACUCUUACGAAUUGAUACACUUCAUUUCGCAGUAGUUGGUGUGAUCACAAGUGUCUCUUAUAUGACUCUGACGCUCAUUUUUUAUCCUGUCACCAACUCUAUGCAGUUUAUUUUGAAUCGAAUCUUAGUCAUUUGUUUCCCGAUGGUAUUCACUUUUGUUAUGUUGCUGCGUAACCGAGAUGUCGAUCGAGUAAUGCGUCAAGACUUUUUACAUGUUUGGGCGGUGGAACUAGAGGCCGAGAAAGCCACUCGAGAAAAAAAUAUAAUCGCAGAGGAAAACAGAACUUUGAAACUAGAGUUGGCUCAACGUGAUGGUCAUUUUAAUCUUGAUUUGACCUCACCACUUCAUGCGUUACUUGCAGAGUUAACUUCAUUUCUUAAUACGGUUGACUUGAGUGACGAGGAUGCUCAGCGUGGCAUGGCGAUUGUUCGUAAUCUUGCAUGUUUAGAUCAAAAUCUUUUUGUGCCUGACAUCAGUGCACAAAUGAAGUCUGAGAAGGAGGUGGAUAAUGACACAAAAAAUUGGGCCUUGUCAGUGCUGGCACGCAAGGAUUACGCCGAUACAAGUCGCUCUGGAGUUGCCAUGUCACACAGCUCUCAUUCUAAUUCGAGAAGUCAUCGAGGUGGCUUAAGUAUGGGAGCUGGUGGUGUUGCAGGCCUGACGGUCAUAGCCCCAUUACCAGACAUGCCAACGUGGGAAGAACAAACACUUUCGCGAGUGAAGCAAUGCAUUCAACAAGAUGGUUGGGAUCUGGACACUUUACAAAUUGCCGAUCAAACUGGCAAUAGACCACUCAUGUAUGUGACUGCAGCGUUGUUUGAGCUCCAUGGACUGCAUGAAGAAUUUCGGGUUGACCGUAUAGUAUUGCGAAAUUUUUUAUAUAUACUAGACGAUGGCUAUCUUGCCAAUCCAUACCACAACAGCAGUCACGCUGCUGACGUUGUGAACUCGGUGAAUUUUCUCAUCACAACAUUAGCAGAUGGACAAAUUCGAGAUACAUUGACAAAUCUCGAGUUUUACGCAGCACUUGUAGCUGCUGCGAUUCACGAUUUUCGUCACCCGGGAAAGUCCAAUAAUUACUUGAUUAAAGCAAAACAUGAUUUGGCUCUGCAAUACAAUGACCGCAGUAUUCUCGAGAGUAUGCACCUUGCAGAAACGUUCUUUAUUAUGCGCAACCCGCUCUGCGAUAUAUUUGGCCGUUUGAAGGAUAAACCGUACCGAGAAAUACGCAAGGCGAUCAUAGAGAUGGUGCUAAGCACUGACUUAUCCAUGCAUCUACAACUAGUAGGAAAUCUUAAAGCUUUGUUGCUACAAGAAGCUACUGCAAUUUCAGGAAAUACCACAAAUAGUGGGGCAGCUUUGGGGGGUCUUGUAUCCGCUCCAAAAUUCGUGACAGAUCCGAUGAUAAUAAUGAAAGUUGUCAUCAAGUGCGCUGACAUUGGUCACGCUGCUAAGAUGCGCAAGCUGCACGUUGUCUGGUCAGCGCUUAUUAUUGAAGAGUUUUUUUUACAGGGCGACAAUGAGCGUGCAAUCCAAUCGGAUAUCUCGCCAUUUAUGGAUCGAAAUUCGGAAAACAGUGCAAAGAAUCAAGUUGGAUUUUUUGAGUUUAUAGUUCUACCUUUUUACGAUACAGUUGCUCAAGUGAUUUUCGCACCAGAGUUUAGCGCUAUACAGAAUACUGCAGCUCAAAAUUAUACUUUAUGGAAAGAGGCCGAUCGGAGACAACUCACGUCUAUUGUAGCUAUCAAGAAUGAAGUUUUUAUGAAUGACAAGGUUCAGGUACUGGAAUGUUGUCAGGAUAUACUUCACUGA